UUUCUGACAGUGGCUCUGAAAGGAGCUGGGAUAUAGGCUCCAGCAACCCCUUUACUCUGAAAGGAACUAACCAAGUUCAGAAAAUGGAUCUUUGGAGCACCUCAACAUUUCAGAGACACAACGUUCCGAAGUGCUGCUGAAAGUGCUGCUGUGUUUGCUGAAAUAGAAAAGACGGCUUAGAUUUCCUGCAGCUGUGAGGAAUCUGACAAACUGCGUCUCAAACAGUAACAAAACAAGCUGUUCACAAGCAAAGACAUUUUGGAACCAUGAGUGAUUCAGAGGAGAAAGCAGAGACUUCUCAGUCCUCAAAUGAUGGUCUGCCUGAAGAUCAUGAGAACCACAACCAACCUGAGAGAAUUGCGGUGGACAAAAAAGAGAAGAGAAGUGACAGAUCCAAGGAUUGUAAUUCAGGUUUCAACAAGAAAGUAAAAAUAAUUGAGGUGGACAGAGAAGAUUCUUCAUCAAGCUCUGUGUCCCAGAGAAGUGACAGAUCCAAGGAUUGUCCUAUAGGUUUCAACAAGGAAGCAAAAAUGGUUAACCAGAAUACACCAGGGGCUCAAACAGGACAAGAAAAAAUGGUUCUUGGGGAAAAAGUCUCAGUUGGCAAAGAAACAAUUGAAGAAAUGUUAUCAUCAAUCAGUCUUCUUCAUUCGAGCAUAAGGAAGAAGUUUGAAAGCAUGUUCACAGCAGGAUAUUCACUUUCACUGAGUCAGAUCUACACAGAGCUGUACAUCACUGAAGGACGGCCUGCAGAGGUCAACAGAGAACAUGAAAUCAGAGAACUUGAAAGAGCGUUCAGAAAAUCAGACAGACCAGAAACAACAAUCAAACCUGAAGACAUCUGCAGGCCCCCGCCUGGAGGACACAAAGCAAUCAGAACAGCAAUCACAAUGGGAGUGGCCGGCAUCGGGAAAACGGUCUUAACAAACAAGUUUGCUCUGGACUGGGCUGAAGGCAAGACCAACCAGGACAUCCAGUUCUUAUUUCUGUUUUCUUUCAGAGAACUGAAUCUUUUAAAGGAGGAGAAGUUCAGUCUGGUGGAACUUAUCCAUCGUUUUUAUUCAGUAAAUAAAGGUUUCAGCCGUUUUGCAGAUUCCCGGGUUUUGUUUAUCUUUGAUGGUCUGGAUGAGUGUCGGUUUCCUCUGAAGCUGAACAGCACAGAGAUCCUGACUGAUGUUGACCAGCCUGCAUCUCUGGGAGAACUGCUGACAAACCUCAUCAAGGGGAAACUUCUUCCCUCUGCUCAGCUUUGGAUAACCACACGACCUGCAGCAGCCAGUCAGAUCCCGGCUGAAUGUGUUGACAUGGUAACAGAGGUGAGAGGGUUCAAUGACUCACAGAAGGAGGAGUACUUUAAGAAACGAUUUGGAGAAGAUGAAGAUCAAGCCACCACCGUUUACUCCCAGAUCAAGAUGUGCCGAAGCCUCCACAUCAUGUGUCACAUCCCAGUCUUCUGCUGGAUCUCUGCAACAGUUCUGGACCAGCUGCUUAAAAGCAAAGAGCAAAGAGAGACACCCAGAUCCUUGACUGAGAUGUACAUCCACUUUGUGCUGAUCCAAGUUCAAAUGAAGAAGAUCAAGUAUGAUGGAGGAUCUGAGACAGAUUCAGUCUGGACUCCAGAAAGCAGAAAGAUGAUCUUGUCUUUGGGAAAGCUGGCUUUUGAGCAGCUUCAGAAAGGAAACCUGUUCUUCUACGACUCUGACCUGACAGAGAGUGGAAUCGAGGUCAGAGCCGCCUCAGUGUGUUCAGGAGUGUUCACACAGAUCUUCAAGGAGGAGAUUGGACUCCAUCAGGGCAGAGUGUUCUGCUUUGUUCACCUGAGUGUUCAGGAGUUUCUGGCUGCUCUGUAUGUCCACGUCACAUUUUUUAAAACGGGCACAAACUUGCUGUUAGAAAAGCAACCAGCUCCUGGAUGGAUUGAUUGGCUUAGAGGUAAAAGGAACGCAGCUUUACUCUAUCAGAGCGCUAUAGACAAAGCCCUGCAGAGUCCAAACGGACACCUGGACCUCUUCCUACGGUUCAUCCUGGGUCUCUCACAACAAAACAGCCAGGUUCUUCUAAGAGGACUUUUGAAAGAAACAGAAGCAGACUCAACUGUGGUUCCAGAAACAGUUCAGCACAUCAAGAAGAAGUUAUGUAAACGGGAAUCUGUUGAGAAAACCAUCAACCUGUUUCACUGCCUGAUGGAGCUGCAGGAUUGUUCUUUGAUCGAGGAGAUCCAGCAUCGCCUGGCCUCAGGAAGUCUUUCUCCAAAUGAAAUGUCUUCCUCUCAGUGGUCAGCUCUGGUCUUCAUCCUGCUGAGUUCAGAAGAAAACCUAAAAGAGUUUGAACUGAAGAAAUACUUUGCUUCAGAUGUGGGCCUGCAGAGGCUGCUACCCGUGAUCAAAGAGUCCAGCAGAGCUGUUCUGAGUUGCUGUAACCUGACAGAGAAGAGCUGUGAGCUUCUGGCCUCAGUUCUCAGCUCUCAGUCCUGCAAUCUGAAGUAUCUGGACCUGAGGAACAACGACCUGAAGGAUUCAGGACUGAAGCUGCUCUGUGAAGGACUGAAGAGUCCACACUGCAAACUGGAAACCCUCAGGCUCUCAGGGUGUCUCAUCACAAAAACUGGUGUUGACGAUCUGGCAAAAGCACUGAGCUCCAAUCCCUCACACCUGAAGGAGUUGCACCUGACCUUCAAUCAUCCAGAAGAUUCUGGAGUGAAAGUCCUUUUGGAAGGAUGGAAGGAUCCAAACUGGACUUUAAAUAUUCUCAAGAUGAAGCCACGAGGAGCCAAUUUCAUGAAGCCUGGUCUAAAUAAGUAUGCUGUUGAUCUCACACUGGAUGAAAACACAGCUCACAGAAACCUCAUACUGAGAGACAACAACAAAACAGUGAGGAUGGUGAAAGAGAAGCAGACGUAUCCCGAUCAUCCAGAGAGGUUUUCUUACUGGAAACAGGUGCUGUGCACACAAGGGCUGACUGGACGCUACUACUGGGAGGUGGAGUGGAAGGGGGAGGUUUACAUCGCUGUGACUUACAGAGGAAUCAGAAGGAAGGGAGAAAGGGACGACAGCAGCCUUGGGGAGAAUGACAAAUCCUGGAGCCUGCUGUGUUCUGAUAAAAGUCACUCUGUCCUCCACAAUAACAUCGAGACUUUAGUCCAUGUAGUCCCUUCCAGCAGAGUUGGAGUCUACCUGAACUCAGAUGGUGGUACUUUGACUUUCUUUAAGGUCUGUUUGGACACAGUGACCCACCUUCACACCUUCAAAGCCACAUUCAGUGAGCCAGUCUACCCUGCUUUCAGGGUCAGGACUGAGCCCUUCAACUCGUCUCUGACUUUGUGUUAGAUUUGUCAUGAAGGACCAAAGGUAGAACAAGAGGUUGGGUGAGACAGAGGUGAUGCAUAAUGAACUGAUUAACUGUUUAAAAAAAGCAUUGGAUUAGGAAUGCAAACAUAGUGCUGGGGUCUUAACGCAAAUAAAAAAACAAAUAAAAUCUACCCAAUCAAAUACCGUAAAGAACUAAAUCAAAAUUUUAAACCAAAGAGGUUCUCGCAAGAUUUUACAUUUUCAAGAUACUGUUCUCCACAUUCGAUCUUUUUGACAGCAAAAUAAAAAAAUUACGAGACAAAUAAUAAAACAAAAUAUCAAAUACAAUUUUUACUUUAAAGAGGUUUUUUUUAUCAUAAGACUAAUGUGUAAUUUUCUAUAUUUUAUUGUUAAUCUACUGUUUUUGUUUAACUGCUAUGUUACAUAUUUAAUUAUGCAAAUUAAUGACAUUUUUUAAAUAUUGCAAAUAUUAGUUGAAAACAAAAAUCUUUCUCUGCGUAAUGCAAAAUAUUAAUUUUAAUAUAAGUAUUUGAUUUAAAAUAAUCUAGUUGAAACAACAAAAUGAUUUCUAGCAUAACAAAAGUUCUAACUUUUUAUGAAUGUAUAGAUACACCUCUAUAGUCCAUUUUCUGGACUAUAGUCCAUUUUCUGGACUAUAGAGUGCACCUGUAUGUAAGCCACAUCUGAUCUUUAAAAAAAAAAAAGAUAUACAAGCUGCACUGGGCUAUAACUGCAGAUAUCUAUGUGAAAAAUUAGAUAUUUAUUGCAUGUGCAGAAGAAUUUUGUACUGUAAUGUACAUGUGUGUACCAGAACAGAUUCUUUCUGAGCAGUGCUUUUUAACACGGGAGCAACUUUUCUGAUUAAAACGGAACAGAACCAAGAAAAAAUUACCGGUUUAUGAACCUUCAUUUCUCCUGUGUUUGAAACCACAAGUCACUUUAAUCAUCUUCACUGAAAUCCAUUAGGUCAUUAGUAAUUUGUCGUGUGUGUUCGGUAUGCUAAAGAAAAAGUACCGUAGUCUAUUCUUCUUUGCAUUGAUUUUUCCUCUUUUAUUUUUAUUUUAAUUCCAAGUAGAGCUCCCUAGCAUUGGAAGAAAAAUUAACAGAAUGGCCGCAUCUUUGUAUAAGCCGGAUGGUUCAAAAACAGAGAAAAAAGUAGCAGCUCAUAGUCCAGAAAAUCAAGUAAAACACAUUUUACGUUUAUUAAUUAUCAGUUUGUCAGCCGUAAUAAUGAAACUGGUUUUAGUUUUACUGUAUUUGUUAUUUAAAGAACUUCUGUUUACCUACUUCAAUGUGUCUUUAGUUAAAUGAAGAAACCAAAGUCAUUUCUUUGAAUUUCAUUUGAAGUUAAAAGCUACUGUAGUUAAAUAUGUGGUUAAAUACAUGAAUGAAUAAAAGUUUAGUUUAAGCUGAGAAAAAAA